GCGUGGUGGAAACGAAACGGGGCAUAGUAACUUCGCUGAAUUGUCAAACAUUGUCACGGUUAAAGGGGCUGAAGAGACACAGUGAUCGCUCAGGAUUCCGUCGUGGAACGUUCCCGGGAGGGAAGCAUUGUGACGUCAGCGCACCUACUAAUCCUCCCUGCUGAGGGGGAGCCUGGAGCCAUGAGGUCAUCGCAGCGGCCACUGUAGCAGCGCCAGCAGCAGCUUCAGAGGCCGGCGGGGUUGGGGGGGGGGGAGGGGAGCUGGCCCGAGCAAGGCCGCCUGGGAUCCCGCAGCCGCACUCCAGUUGCAACCCGAGGCUGCCGCGCGCCGCCGCCGCCGAGUUCCUCCGCAAAAGCAUGGAGGAGGCCGACGCGAAGGAGCUGCAGGUCGGCUCCUGGCUGCCCGUCCUGGUGGAGCAAAUGGUCAACGACACCCUGGUGGUCACCUUGAGCUGCGGGGAGAGGCGCUUCACGGGGAUCCUCUUGGAUUGCACUAAAAAGUCUGGGUUGUUUUGUGUUCCACCAGCUUCGUUACCAAAGACAGAUGAGCCUCUGGAUAAAACUUGCACUAACGGGACGUCUGAAGACAAGCAGCCCAUACAGCUGGAGACUGGGCAGUGGCCUUUGGAUGAAAAGCCUCCCAAAGUCAAUGGCGAGGAACAAGUCCCCCCCCUCUUGCCUCCACCGCCGCCGGGCAAUGUUCUUCCUUACCCUCCCUUUGAGGGAGCCCCCUUCCCCCCUCCGUUGUGGCUAAGGCGCUCGUAUAAUCAGUGGGUGCCUCAGCCCCCUCCAAGGACUAUAAAAAGGACGAAGCGGCGCAUGUCCCGCAAUAGAGACCCUGGCCGGCUCAUCAUGAGCACCAUUAGGCUGAGACCUAGGCGAGUGCUCUGUGAGAAGUGCAAGAACACCCUGAGCCCAGAGGAGGGGAACAAGGCCAGGCAGAAAAAAACCAGGAGGAAGCUGAGCAUCGAGGACAAGGAGCAGAAGAGGCACAGCGAGUCCGACUACGGAGAGAAAAGGGGCAAAAGAGAAAAGCGGGAGGAGGAGAAGUUCCCCAGGGAGUUGAUGCACCGGACUCCAGUUAUAAAAAUAUCUUACAGCACCCCACAAGAAGGGGAGGUGGUGAAAAUACCCUCCCGGGUUCAUGCUCAGAAGCUGUUUUGUCCUCAGAGCAGAGGGGAGGACCAAGAGGAGACCAGAGACUCGGAAGAGGGGGAAACCAAAUGUUUUGUGGAUAAGUCUGCAGGCGGUCAGCUUGCUUCCAUUCCAAAGUUGAAGUUAACCAGGCCUGUGCAUUCCAGUGCAGAUGUUCCACCUCCCAAGAUCAGGCUGAAACCCCGGAUCAACGAAGGGGACAAUGUUUCAAUUUACACGGAACUUAUCGACCAGAUGAAUGUCCUUCCCAGUCACAGAGAGUCUCGUGCUGCUUCUUUUUAUACCGACGAGGCGGAUAGAAGUUUAGCCGAGAUGUCUUCAGGCUCCUGUGAGGACGACGACUUCAAAGGUUUCCCAAGUUAAAGAUGACACGAUAACUUGGCUUUCCUUAUGAAUUACCGUAAGAGGAAAGCAGAUUCUUCUAGCUUAUCAGUGUGUAGCAAUGACAGCCUAGACGAAUCCAAAUCUUCCAGCUCGGAAGUAACAUCGCCAGACAUGUGUGACUUUUUGCCUGGUGACGAUGCGUCCGUCUCUUCGUCCUCGAAAGAUGAGCGAAAGAUUGUGCCCCCAUUAACAGUUAGACUGCACACCCAAAGUGACAAGUGUAUCACUGAAGAUGGAAGGACUAUUUCAGUCGGGGAUAUCGUUUUGGGGCAAAUCCCUGGCUUCCCCUGGUGGCCGGCCCGUGUGCUCGACAUAAACGUCAGCCAGAAGGAGAAUGGAGACCCUUCCUGGCAAGAAGCAAAAGUUUCGUGGUUUGGUUCUCCAACGCAUCUUUCUUGGUCUCUCACAAAACUCUCCCCUUUCUCUGAAUAUUUCAAACUGCGAUUUAAUCGUAAGAAGAAAGGGAUGUAUCGGAAAGCUAUAACAGAAGCUGCCAAGGCAGUGGAACAUCUGACCCCAGAAAUAAGAGACCUCUUAACGCAGUUUGAGACAUAAUUUAGGCUUCAGUUACAGGUAACAGAAGAUAAGACCACAGCUGUCCUAGAGUUUCACAAAGUCUGUAAACAUCCUGACACACACUUCCCUGGGAGAAUCUUAAGGUUUCUGUGCUCGUGGCAGCAGGAUGAGUUUUCGGACUGGCCCGCAGCUCAUAAUCUGUGAAAGUUAUAACAAGCAACUGGACUGCUUCGUAAAAAGCCCUCCAUGGGCUAGUCUGACCAAAAGUCACAAAGCUACUUAACACGAGAGAAGCAAACUUGGCGAGUGCUGUUUCUGUGGACUUGGGGGGAAUGAAAUGCUACACCUCGGAAUGUAUUUAUUACCUAUGAAAUGUUAGCUACUCUUGACAAUUCCCGUUCCUCUCACCCUUCCCCUACACGCACAGGCACAAACACACACACAAACACACACACACACUGCUGCUUCUGCUUGUAUGUAACAAGAUCUCUCUCACACUCUUGUUUUUGAUUUUAACACCACAAAACUGUUUACUCCUAUUAUGUACACUUCUGCAAGGGAAAUGCAAUAGAAUGGAACCGGUGUAGUCUUAAGUUAAAAAUGGACUCACUUUUGCGUCUAUUAAACCUCGGAAAAAUAAGCAACGCA